UGACGCAGUGUUUGUGUACAGCUGCGUCUCCUGCGUAUCUUGCAGUGGUUCUGGGGCUCACCGGACCUUCCAUUGCUCUCCACUCCCUCGCUGUCCGCCUCGCUUUCCAUGGGGGCCCAUGGGCUUCUGGGGGACCAGCCCGACUCCAUAGACUACUCGGUGCACGAAGCCUGGAACGAGGCUACGAACGUCUACCUGCUGGUGAUCCUGGUCAGCUUCGGCCUGCUCAUCUACGCCAGGAAAAACAAGAGGAAGAUCAUGCGGAUCUUCACGCUGCCCCCCACCGUCGGCAGCAGCCCGGAGCCCAACUUCUACGACAGCCUGCAGAAGGUCCGGCUGCGGCAGCAGCUCGAGAUGUACUCCCUGGCCAGGAAGUUUGACCAGCAGCAGGAGCCAGACAGCGUGCAGCUCUCCAUGGAAUGAGACGAGGAGAGCCGCCCCACCGUCACCGUGAGCUCUGAACAGAUGGAGGUGGACUAGGAUGGCUGUCAGGAUCAGAGCUGGAGCCUGAAGACGCCCCCCCGCCCUCCCCCAUAGUGCUGUCUGUCUGUGUACAUCUUCAUCAUCAUCUGAUGCGAGCGCACACCGCCGGAUGGAUGAACAGACCUGAGGUGUGCAGCUUUCAUCCAGGCCUGCCGGAGAAACGGCUUUAGAGAAGCUCGGACGACCCGGAAGAAGCUUGUUGUUCACGUCCAUGAUUGUUAAAAUUAAAGCUAACGGCGUUUAUUAACGCAACUGUCACAACUUAAAAGGAGCCGUUUAUUGUGACACCGGCUCCCCUUUUUAUGUUUCUUUUGUUUUGAGAAUGUCUGCUCCCGUUAGAAAAGGUUGCUGCAAUUCACGCAGAAAUGCCAGAAGGCGAGGAAAGGCGCGAUGUCAGCGUUUAGGAUGGUGGUGUUUAUACGUCGCCAACCACGCCUGCAGAGGCCCAGAGACGCUCCAUGCCGGACGUUUGAUCCCGGCGGCGGCCUUGGUUGGUGGACGUCUGCGGGUGGAUUGUGCGUUGGUUUAUUUUGGGAUGUUUGGCAGAGGAUGUAAAGGCCGUGUUCCCAUGUACGCUCCGUUAUAAUCUGCUUAUCGGUCUCCCUGCAUUGGUUUGGAAGUGGUGGACUCAAAGUUUUAGAAUGUUGCUUUGAAACCAUUAAAUGCUAAUAAUCCUUAA